CAUCAAACCAACCAUUCAAGAUGCCUAACUACUUGGAAGCUAUCAGCAAGCAUACUGUUCUCAGUAUUGACACUAUGUUCCGUGAGACCGGCUCGCAGUAUCCCCCAAUUCACUUCGAGAAUGCCACCUCAAACCAAGCCAUUGCGUACGCAAACGUCGAGAGAAACACCGACAUCGUUCCCCAAGCGGUCCAGUUAGCGCUCAAGAAGCUAGGCUUGGGCGCCGUUCCCGCUUCUCCGCUUCCAAAGCAGUUUGUCAACCAGGUGAUCAACUACGCCAAUGCGAUUGUCGGUUCCAGAAUGUCGCCCGAGGUUAGUGGCUGUGUGAUGGCCCAGGUUCUUCCAUCCCUCAUGCAUGACACCCAAGGCACCGUGGACGCCGCUCUCGCUCUCAUCGAGGCCUUCCAGGACGUGGGGGUUCCAAAGGAAAAGGUGGUUAUUAAGAUUGCAGUAACACACGAAUCCGCUUUAGCCUGUCGGGAGUUGCGCGACAAGCAUGGUGUUCAGUGUUUGGGUACCGUGAUUCACUCUUUGUCGCAGGCCGUCAUUGCGGCUGAAGCCGGUUGCUGCAUUGUUUCGCCUUACGUGGAUCCUCUCGAAGCAAACUUCGAUCCUGCCGCUUUGGUGAAAUAUGAUACUUUGGAGGAAAACUACGGUUACAACCUCGUGAAGGAUAUCCACUACUAUUACAAAUUGCACGGUGUCACUGAAACCAAGCAAUGCAUCGCAGCCUUGAUCGACACCGAAACGGUAAUGAAGUUGACUGGUGUGGAUGGCAUGACCGUUCCAUUGUACACCUUGAAUUUAUUAAAGGAUAUGGAGAUGUCCCAGGCGGAAUACGAUGCUUUCCAGCCAGGUUUGCCGGUGGAUAAGGCGGGAUUGGCCGCGGCCGGUGUUACUGAAAAGGAUGCUGGGGAGCGUAAGCAAUAUCUUGGCAACAAGGCCUUGUACGAGGCUGACUUGAAGGAUAACGAGAUUUAUAGGCAGAGAUUUGACUUGGCGAUCAACACCUUCAUGUCAUUUGACACCAAAAUGAGGGAAUUGGUGGAGAAGGUUGCUCGGGAAACGUAAGUUUGCUUUGGUAGAACUGCUCUGUGGCCUUUCAUAGGGGUAGCUUCCCGCUAUGAUAUCACAUAUCCUUGGCUGGGUCUAAAGCGACCU